CACCACAACAACUCCGCGGAUGGAUGCAUGUUAUGCCACAAACGACGGUUUUUUUUUCUACUGGCAUUGUAAACUUCAGCGGUGCUUCAAUGUAAUUUUGAUUAUUAAGGCUUGGCACAGCACAACAGAACUGCAGGCUUGAGUUUUUUUCAUCUGCUUGACACUUGACACCACAUGGUUAUUCCAAUACGUGUGCUGUCUCAAGCCAUCAUCCCAUGUUUCCAGCUCGUUCGUCUCUGCCUGAUGCCACUGCUAUUUCAGCGUGUUUCUGCUUCUGAACCCUCUUAGCUUUAGCCCUGCUGGGGCCCUUGUACAAAGUGGCCUUUAUGUCUGCACUUUAUCAACUUUAAGCAGAGCCCAGCAAAAGCGGUGUUGAAGAGAUUUUGUUUUUGCUGCACCUAUGCAACGGAUAAGGAAUAGCUUCUUUCUAAAGCAUGAAAAAAAUCCUCCACUAAAAAAUGAGAUAUAAGAGCAAAAGGAAAGGAAGGCAUUUUGAUCACCUCUUAGAAGGUGAACUACUUAAAUGCAAGACACCCUGCGUCAGCCAUCUCAAGACUGACAGGGACAACUGUGCCUUGUCCAUGAGAGUGAGUGCUUGAAAUGAGCUCCCUGGAAAAGCGCCACACAGGUCAGCGGGGAAGCAUGCAGGGCCACCGCAAAUACUCCGAUGGCCUCAGUGACACAUCCAGCAGCGGCAGCUUUAUGGACGACACAGACAGGGAGGUGAGCAACCUGACCGAUCGUGCCUUCAGGAGCCUAUGCAUUGGAGAGGAGGCCAUUUACAAUGACUCGGAAUUCUCCUUGUCUCCAACUGAACGGCAUAAAGCUUUUGCAGAAGAACCCCAGCAAAAGACAGUCUCCCAUGAGGCAUUUUCAUACAGCGUUCAACAAUAUGGGGAGGGAGAAGUACAACCUGAGUUGGCCUCAACAUUCCAACAUUCCUAUGUGGAUGUAACCCAUCAGGAACAGGCUUUUGGAGAGGGAAGCUUUUCUUAUAUGAACAAUGGCUCCAAGGAGGAGACGUGGCAGCAGAGCAGGAGCACAUCUAGAGUGUCAUCUCUAAUCAAAGCCUUUAGUUCAGGGGAGUGUUACCAAGACAGUGGGACAUGUGAUGUUAUUUUGGCAAGGGAUCGGUAUAGAGACUUUGGCAGUGAAUCAUGGGACAAAUCAGCUAUGCUAAGCAUCCAGAGGGAACUCUCUGAAUUCUCUUCAGGAUACCAGCAGAAUUUUAAGUCAGGCCCCUUUCAGUCUUACAGAAACCAUUUUUACACAUCUGACGUGGCUGCCGCAGUGGCACAGCUGGACACGACAGUUCUGAUGAAAUCUUCAAAAAGUAAGUUCAAGACAUUGAACUCUACAAACUGUUUCUUCCAUAGUGAAUUCAGUCCCUUCCAGCUUUGGGAAGAGUACAACAGGUUCUCAUUCCAAAGCACAAAUGUGUCAGGGUUUAUGUCAGCUAAUGAAUUCCCACGAUGGUAUGAUUCUCCCAUGUACAAAGAGCUGAAAGACAACCACAGAAUUCCAAGCUCUCCAUGUGAAAGUAGACGCUUCAAUCAGAGACAAAUUCAGGACGUUGUGGCUAGCCAGCGCUCCAGGUCCACUGUUGUCCAGAAAGCCUCCGCGAUUGAGAAGAGGUGCGAAUCUGAGAUGGCUUCCAACUAUCCACCUUGGAAGAAAAACAAUAACUUUGUAAAGAACAAACUUCCAGGCAACCGUCCCUCCACAGUCUCUCCUACUAAUGAGAGAACAUGCAGGCCAGAUUCAAAUUUGUUUAGCAAUAACAAAGUUACACAUGAGAUAGUGGUCGAGAGCAACUUACCUAGCAGUGUGACGCCGUUCAACAUUACUCAGCUCCUCACUCCAGUUAUUCACACAAGACAAGAAACAGAGACUUCUGAGAUCCUGCAGUUUGCACACACUCCUUCUGUUUCUGAUUAUUCUUCCCAGGGUGAAACUGACCCUAAGCUUCAGACUGAUGUCAAACAUCUGCGCGACAGCUACAAAUCUAAAGCAUCAAGUCUGCUGUUCAACCUCAAAGACAAUCGAAAAAGAGUCAAGAGUACAUACAGUCCCACAAGAUUUAAAGGGUUAGAAAUAACCGAUCGAAAUAAGCAGACCUCAAAGCUGGAGGGCCGAGAAUCCAGAUUUUCAGAUAUUUUUGUAUCCCAAGAAACUGCUCAUGAGAAUUUGAUUGAAACGGAUGCACAAGCCUCAUGUAACCUAACUCGAGAGCCCAGUGUAGCACCUAUCACACCUAAAGAUUAUACUGAUGGCUUUGGAUCAUAUGAUAAUUUGACAUUAACUUCACCUCAAAUUCAGGACAGAGUGGCUAAUUACACAGCGUUCCAUGGAGGUUCAGAGGGUCACUCUCCCAACACAGAUCCACUGGCUAACACAGAUCUCUCAGCACACAAUAUUUCAGCACAGGAUAAAAGCUCUCUGACUUCAGAAGGUCAAUUAAUAGGCCUCAGCAGUACUUUUAUUCCUGCUAGGCCAGAAAUAGCAAAUGUGCUUCCAAAGGCUUACCUACCGACACAUUCUCUGCCUGCUCAAACAUCUGAGCAAUACGGCCAGAGUGAUAACGCAAAUCAAAAUGAUCUAAAACAAAGAAUAGACUUUGGAAGAAAAACAUUUACUGAAUACAGUCAAAAUGAGGCUGUUAAAGAAAAAUGUUCUUGGGACCAGAUUGGUUCAGUCAAGGAAACAGACGGUAGAUAUGAAUCACGGCCAUUUAGAGGAGAAAUAGCAGCACUGAUUGAGAUGGACAAACAGAGAAAGGCUACUGCUAAGCAAUAUUUUGCUAAUGACAGCUAUUCUGUCCGAAAGGAAACAUACAUGCAAAAAGUGAAUGAAGACAUUAAACUUGGUCGACUUGCAAAGGAGGAAGAGAAAGAGGUCAGGGAAGAUACAGUAUCACCCAGGAAAACAUCUUACAGUGAAAAAUCUAUUCAUGACAACCAAUUAAACACAUUUUCAAAGUCUACUGAAUUGUACGGAAUACCAAAAAACAGUCUCCAAAACAAAACAUCUCCUUUAACAGAUUUCUAUGGUGGUUUACAAAGCUUCAGUGUCAAAAAUGAUUUUGCUAAAGGAGUAACAGAGCAAAAUUCUUCUUUUAUCUCCAUGGCGACACAAAAUACAUUUGAUCAAAGAGCCCAUGCACCUUUACAAGACUAUAAAGGUCAAAAGAAUGAAGGAUUGUACUCUUAUCAACCAUAUAGGUAUGAACCUAACAAACAGUGGCACAUGUCAUCAACAAAUGAAGAUAGUCGCAAUGAAAGUGUACAGACACAGAAACCAUCGGAGAUGAUUGAACAAUCUGAUGCCAAGAGUUAUGCAAUCUACAAUACACCGUCAAGUACACUACACACACUUCAAAAUGAGUUUUCUGCCAACAACGGUGCACCAAAUUCCGCUUUGCAGAAUAAAGAUUCAGUCACCCCAAACAUGGACACCUCACAUGAAAAUAAUACAAAUUUACCAACUAAACAAGAAGACAGGUUCAGCAUUAAUGAUAUACUUGCUGUUAGAGAUAAUGAGCAAGCAAGGAGGUUAAGAGAUAUUACAUUUGUUUUGGCUAAAUCAGAAAACCCACAAACUCCAAUUAAAUAUGAUACAGCUGAAAAACUAUCCAUAGCAGAGCCUGUAAAAGACCAAGAACAACAAGGCUACAAAGUGCAGGACAUGACAAGUCCAUCAUCUGGUUAUAUGAGAAGGGAUUUUCAAAAUACAAAUGAAACAGAUACUAGCACUGACAGAAAUGACAGAACAUUGAAUAAAGAUACUGACAAGGUGACAACAAGGGUGCUUUCUUACAAGGAAAGAGGCCAAAGUAAACAAGAAAUACUGACGUCGAAAUUGAAAGCACAUGCUCAAAAGGAAAUAUCAGCAAUUAAAGAAAAGGGACUUGCCAAACAAGGCAUUCUUGCAAGAAAUUCAACAAAAACAAGAGGGACUAUCAAUAAUGAUGGUCAAGAAGGUCAUUCUGUUAAGAAGGAAAUCACAGCAGACAAACUGAAUCAUUUGUUUCAAGAUAUCACUUAUUCCAGUGUAACCCAAUACAAAGAACAAAUUAAAUUGCAUAAUGAUCAUCCAAAGAAUAGAUCUCCACCACCUCUUAAUUUUGAAGAUAGUCAGAAUGCAGUCUCUGAAAAGAAGGACGAGAAUGUAAAAUACAAACCUUUGGCUAUAGAAAGGCAGACAGAAAAACAUCCACCAGAAACUCUCAACAUAAGAACAACAGUGGAAAAUAAUGACCAUAAAAACUACCAGCCAUCCAGAAUCUCAGAAGAUAAACAAAUUAGUAUGACAAGCUCAGAGGAUAUAAACACUGAUAAGGAAUCGGCAAAGCAAAGUCAAGAAAUGUCACCAGGUGAAUCAAUGUCAGGACAUUUGACAGCUGCAGUCAAGACCUACAGAGAGAGCUCCGCUUCCCAUAAUACACUUGCACUGCAUAAUGAAAAACAAACAAUUCAGAAUGAUCAGAAAGAAAGUCUGUAUGAAGGUAGACAAAGUAAAUAUACUUCGUCUGAAAAAGCUGCGACUAAACCUACUGAUAUAAUCAAAGAAGACUUGAAUGUUGCAAGCAGUGAAACUACAAAAGCAAACAGUGAUUUGAAUAAAAAUUCUCUGUUGGGAUUGGAUAAAAACACACCCAGAGUUGAGGAAGCUAAUGUACAUAUCAAAAGUAAGAUUACUGCUGCUGUGGAGCAGUCUAAAAAUGAACCAAUCAAAAAUAGCUCUGGGAUUACAUCUAGUCAACUGACAUCCUCAUCAAGUGACAUGAAGUUUAAAAAUGGAAUUCCACCUGCUAAACGACUAAUGGAACCUGCCAAAUCAGAGCUCACCUCAAACCUUCAAAUCAAUACACUAAAUGUAGAUCCUGAGCAGCUUAUAAAUAGAACCUACAAAUACAAUUCUGGGGUCAGUUCAAAUGCAGAGACAUCAUCAACUGACAAUACAAUCAGAAUCAACUCAGGACCAGCAAAGAACCAGGCCCCACAAAGAAGCAAGGAGCAAAAAAUACUAAAAGCUUUUAAUAAUGAUGAUGGACAUGUAUUAAUAAAUAAAAACAAUGUAACAAAGGAAAAGGACUUGGCUAAGCAACAAAACAAGACUCCACAAGUAAAGGCUGUAGAAGCUACCUCUCUAAACAAAAAAGUGGAGAGUCACUCAAAACCAGAAACACAGGAACAAUCACUAACACAAAUAGCUUCAGCUGAAGCAAAAGAAAGCUGUCAGCAAAAAGAACUCCAUCAAGAUGAUAAAAAUACAAAGACCCUGUUCUCAUUUGACAAGAAUGAACUCCCUAAAAGCCAUCAGAGUAUGUCAAGAAUAAAUGAAGAUUCAGAAGUAGUAAAUAAAAGACAACAGAAAGAGAAAAUUACAGAAAGUGCGAGCUCAAAACAAGAAUUUCUCAGAACAUUAGAAAUAUCACAUGAGAAAAACAAUCCACAAAAGUUCGCAGAAGAGUCUCAAGUGAAUCUGACCAAUUCUAAACCCCAAAAAUCUGCUGAAUAUGCACUAAAACCAAAUGUUUCCCCCCAACAUGGAGUAACAGUAAAGGAGGAUGCAACUCAAAAGAAUAAUACACAGCCUGUUUUAACACAGAUUGUAGAAUCCACAGCAGACACAUCAAACAUCUCUAUUCUUACACCAAGCAAUGAGGAACCUAGAGAGGAACCCAUGAUUUACAGUAUUUGUGUCUCAAGCAAAACAGAAGCCGUUUCAGAUGAUGAACCUAUGAUCUAUUCUAUUUGUGUGUCAAGUAAGUGUCAUAUUGAUGAGCAACAAAAUCUGGUAAAACAAGAAGAGGAUAGUUCUGUUGAAACUGAGAAAUUUGUGAAGGAUGAAAGCAUUGUUGCCAGACAGACUGAAGUUUCUUCUAACACUAAAGAAAAAGAAGACAAGAUUGAAAAAUGUGAACUUCUGGCAACUACAGAUAAGUCAAGCUACACAGGAAGACUCACUACAUCAUAUGAGGACCUCUUAGUUAAAUAUGGGUUACCGGUCAGAGAUCAUGGUCAUUUGAAAUUUGUGAAGGAUGAAAGCAUUGUUGCCAGACAGACUGAAGUUUCUUCUAACACUAAACAAAAAGAAGACAAGAUUGAAAAAUGUGAACUUCCGGCAACUACAGAUAAGUCAAGCAACACAGGAAGACUCACUACAUCAUAUGAGGACCUCUUAGCUAAAUAUGGGUUACCGGUCAGAGAUCAUGGUCAUUUCACAUCAAAACGUAUGGAGGAUGAGAAAGAACAAAAAGAAAAAGAGGAGACUGAAACUCAGCUGUCACACAAAUCAAUAAAUCAUGGAAUGAAAAGAUCUCAGAUACCCAAAGAGAAAGGCUCAGAUACAACAAAAACAUCUCCAGAUGAAUCCAGAGAGGUUUCUAAUCAGCAAGCAUCCAUUAAAAGUCGACAUUUAAAGGGAACUAAGAGCGAAAUCAAGCAAUCAAUAGCUCUUUCCAACAACAUGGCUGAAAACCAACAAAGUACAGGAAUCCGUACACCAAAGCUUGGUCAUUCAUCAAGAGAUGCUACCCUAAUAUUCAAAGAUGUAGAAAAUGUUGAACAAGAUCAAGAUACUUACAUUGAACAAUCAAGGCAAAGUAGAGGAAAUGAUACUGUGUUAAAGGAAAAGAAAGUUGAAGAACAUGUGAAAAUGAAAGGAAAAGUUCUUGAUGCUUUACCUAAUUCUAGAGUGUCUCCAGAGAAAACUGAGAAUGUAUCCCAGACAGAUAAACAACCUGUAAGAAUGGAUAAACCAACAAGAGCAAAAAAGAAAGAGAUUUUAAAAGCACCCAUGUCAACCAAGUCAAAGGAUGUAGUCAACAGUAAACUUACUGAAAGUACAAUUCCCGAAACGAUGAUACCCCAAACUAAAAAUAAGUCUCAAAAGGUGGAAGGUGAAGACCAAAUAUUUAAUGAUACUGAUACAUGUACGUCUCGAAAGAAUAAAAUACGUGGAAGAGAAACAUUUAACUCAAAUGUUGAGAAAACUGUGCAUGAGGCAAAGCAAAAGGAUCCUGUAAUUUCCAUGAAACUAGACUCUGUCUCAGACAAAGAUGCUCAAACUCUGCAAAAGAAUGUAAAAGGGGAUGAGAAAGGAGGGGAGAAAAGGUCACUAGAGAAGUUACAAGUUGAAUUUAACACAAAUAAUGAAAUUGUAAACAGGAUGAAGAUGGUUUUAAAAGAUGGCACUGCAACGCAUGUUAAUAAUUAUAGGGAUAAAGUUAACAGUAUUGGUGAGGAUGUGUGUACAGUUGUAAAACAAGACCAGGCCUCUUUUGAAGUCUCAGAUAUUCACUUAGAGGACAUUAAAGUGUCUACAGAGGAAGUGUCAUCAAACAAGGAAUUCAUGGCAGGCCACAAAAACCAACAUGAAGUGAUAAAGAAGGAAAAUCUGAAAGGAAUGAAAAAAGCUGUCAUGACUGAACUUAGGGGUGAAAAAGGCUUUACAGAGCAAAAAACCUUGGCAGUGAAGCCCCUUACAGUCCCAGAUGAACCCAAAACUGUGAAUAAUAGGAAGGUGCAUACUGAAAUUGCAGGUACAAAUACAAAUGAUGUUGAAAAAGAAAUUAUACCACAUAAGAAAGACAGUCCAAGUAAAUUAGAAAAGACAGAAAUUAGUCCAAGACAAGAAGCAGUUGGGAUGCAAUAUAUAAAAGUCUAUGAAAAUAAACAAUCCGCACAGAGCAGUGAUAAAAGGAAGAAAGAAGACCCUGUAUUAAGUCUGAAUGGUCAGAAUGACGGUAAUUUGAAAGUUAAUGAAAAAGGAAGCAUCCUUAGAGAAAAGAAAGAAAGAAAAGUUGAAGCUACGGAGACAAAACAGGCUGAUCACAUCACUAAUACAAACCAGUAUCAGCCAGAAAAACAAGGAAAUGCAAUAUAUGAACAAGAUCAUGUUCAGUUAAAUCAACAGGACACAAGGAAAGAAGGUACCUUAUCUAAACCAGAAGCCAGCCAGAGGAGCAAGAAGGUGACUAGACCAGAAAUAUCAGCUAUUGCAGACUAUGCUAGAUUAAAAGUUAUCUCUGCUGAAGACGAUACAAAAGAGCUUGAUAUAUUCCCCAAAAUGGACUUUUACAACAAUUAUGAUCAGCCAGCUUUAGGAGUUCAUAAAGACUUACAUGGAAAUGUGUCAGAUAUAGGGGGAGAAUCUAAAAUACACAAUGUUUCAAUGGAGAAAGGUCAAAAUCUCAAGCAAAUAUCUUCUCAAUUUAAAAAACAUACAGAGAAAAAGAUGUUACCUGAAAAACAAAACCAUUUGGUUCCCAAUACAGUUCAACUAAAAUGUGUAUCACCGGUAGUUACAGGUUCACAAGAUGAAGCUGCAUCAAUGAACACCCAACCAAGGGCUCUAAAUCAUAAGGAACCAAACACUAAAACAUCUUUCAUGGAGAAUCCAAACAGAGGAGAAAGAAACAAAAUUUACCAGUCCAAGAAUCCCCAAAGUGUACAAUUGCAGGCUGAAGGUACAAUAAGCAGAUCAAGACAAAUGACUCAUGACAAAACAAUUGAAAAGGACAAUCUUUCUCUUUAUGGAAGACAAGAACUUGCAAAUUUGACAUUGUCUGCCACUGUAAAAGCAGUAGACAAUCAAGUAAAUGUGGCAUCACCACCUGUAGAAGAAAGGGAAGAACUACAAUAUUACACAGUGAAUAGUCUUGACUCUGACAUAAAGCCAAAAGAAGCACCUGAACCACCUCCUCCAGGUUUUAAAAUGUCUCAAAACACAGACUUGGCUGAAAAAGCAGAGGAAGAGAAAAAGGAAGAAAGCUCAUUUGCGCAAAGUCUAACUGACUAUGGUAAAGUUCAUGCAACAGGACCGCGAUCCAACUCUUCUUCUCCAGCCAUGGGGAAACCCAUCAUGUUCAGAGUAAAGGAUAAUACCAUUAGAACAUCUUCUGUGACCAAAACCGUCAAGCCAUGCUUUCACAGGUCAUUUUCUGAAGACUUCAGGAUUGGCUCGCCAAAGGAACACUUGACUGGUUCAGAAAAAGAAGAUGAAAUUCAUCCCAAAGAGUCUGCUAACCCACCAGUCUUACAUGAACCAGCUAAUGCUGCCUACCGGCUCCAUAAAUUAAAAGAGACACUCCACAACGACUUGCCCUCAGCAGAAUAUGCAACAAGACAAUCAAAAAGCCAUCAGAGUAGAAGCCAACAUUUUGAGGAAGAAGAAACCCGUUCUGCCAUCAGCACAAUGUCAGAGGAAGUGGAGAAUUGUGCAGCGGGUAUCACAGAUUUGGCCAACAUAAGUUUGGCCUUCAUGCCCAAGCAUGAAAGUUACAGAGACACCUACCAAAGGCCUGCUUCUGCCUGCUACGAACGACCAGAGUCAGCUUGCUAUGAAAGACCAGAAUCAGCCUGUAGUGAUAUAAGGCCAUUCGGCAGACCUCCAGUGGUGCCCCCAAAAUCUGAAAAAGCUCUUCGGCGAGCACAAAGACUUACAACGAGGCGUAUGAAAAAGACAGAGACCCCCAAGAUGGCACCUGAAAACCAAGAACAGCUAGAGACCAAAUCAAUCAGAAACGUCUCCAGUGUGCCCUCUUCACCUUCAGACAUACUGACAACACAUCAAGCAGUACAAGCCUCACCUCCUCUUUCACAGUAUGACACCCAGCCAAAUAACACCCCCCCUGCACACAGUAUAGUUGCCCAACCUUUCCCCGUGACACAGAGAAAGCUCUUGCAAGACCCAAACUCAGGGCAGUAUUUCAUGGUGGAUGUACCAUUACCAGUUAAGACAAAAACAUUUUAUGACCCAGAAACUGGUAAAUAUGUACAGCUGAAUGUCCGUCAGAGGUCUCAGGGUGCUCUAACACAACCAGCAUCGUUGGAAAUGUUGAACACUCCCUACAUGCUGUAUCGUGGGUUUCUGCCAAUGACCGCGUCUUCAUUACCAGCCUUGAGGUCAUCAUCUGAAAUGUCAACAUCGGCAGACAACCAGGAUAUGCUUGAGAGAGGCGAUGAACCGUGCAGACAGAAUGUUUAUCUGCAGAAUAGCAUCAGAGAUUCCCAGCAAUACCCUGAUAUGCUGUACGGGUCACAUGAGCAAAUUCACAAUCCGUCUUUGUAUGCAGAAAAUAGUAUUGACAACAUUGAAAGACACACAGAUAUUAUAACAAUGAGUGAAUUAGAGGACUUCGCAAUGGAGAGCACAUGACGAGUAAAGUCGUUUUUUUAGAUAGGUAAAUACUGUUUGUACACAAAUCUGAAGCUAAAUGACUGUAUAUCUAAGCUAUUUAAAUGUGACUUUUAAAUAAGUUAUGAGUUCUUAAAACCGUUUUUGAUUUGUAUUUAAGGAUUGCUGUUAAAUUGCAUUGUGUUUUGUAGCUGAGGUGACCGUAAUUGUGGUACACAGGGGCUCUUUAUUGUCAAAAAAAGUCAAGAGAAGAACUGUGAAGCAUUCCAAUUAAUUAUGUUAUGUUGAAAAUAAUUUUGCAGUGUACUUGUUUAUAAAACAAUGAAGACCAUACCCACAGAGCGCACUGUAGAUUCAGGGGAAGUAUAUUUCUAAAGUGACUUCUUAGUGGUAUUGCUAAGGCCUUAUCCUUAGACCCAGUCAGAAUAAAAUUCAAGCUUUUCCAAGUUUUCCAGAUGGCCCACAGUAUGCAUGAAAAUUGUAGUUUGUCAGGUUUAAAAUUCAGUUUAAGGGCACUUGCCUUAUUAAAACAACUUUUCUCUUGAUGUGCUUUGGCAGGUUACAUAUUAAAAAGGGGUGGUCUGUCUUUACCUUGCCAUGGUUGCUGAUGUAUGACUAUGAAAUGAUUGCCUUAUAAACAACUACUUGCAAUGUACUACUUUUACAGUCUUUCAGAAACUCAUUACAUCAUCAUUAAAGGAAGAUGUGAAAUCA